UCUCUCCAGAACAAACAAAGGCCAUACUUGUCCUCUCAAAAAGCUUGAUUGGGAUACAAUAAAACUGCCCUGCAGCAGUCGUUGCUUCCUCAUACAGGAUUUGCUUUAGCAAUCUGAGACCCUUUCUCCCCUUGUCUCGUAUUCUAAACGGCUUUUUGUUCAUCCAAACAUCUGUCUUGUUUCUCCUGUCAGUAAUUCUCUUACAGCCAUGGACAUCAUAAAAAAUCCAUGGCUGAUACUUUCCGUACUCUUCAUUUACUUUUCUCCCAACUGCCGACUCUCCUUUGGUGCUGACACCAUCUCAGCAAAUCAAUCUCUGUCCGGUGAUCAAACAAUUGUUUCAUCUAAUGGAGACUUUGUAUUGGGCUUCUUCAAACCAGGUAACUCUUCCAACAACUAUGUAGGCAUGUGGUACGGUAAGGUGUCUGUACAGACCACAGUUUGGGUUGCAAACAGAGAGACACCAAUCCGUGAUAGAUACUUUUCAGAGUUAAAAAUAUCUAAUGGUAACUUAGUUUUGUUCAACGAGUCCCAAGUACCAAUUUGGUCCACAAAUAUUAGCUCAACCAGUUCUAGUUCUGUGGUAGCAGUUCUUGAAGAUAGUGGGAAUCUUGUUUUGAGAGAUGGGCCUAAUUCAUCAGCUCCGUUGUGGCAAAGUCUUGAUCAUCCAACACACACAUGGCUUCCUGGUGGUAAGCUUAGCUUGAAUAAACGAACCAAUAAAAGCCAACUGCUCACGUCAUGGAAAAAUUCAGAAGAUCCUGCACCGGGUCUCUACUCUCUUGAGCUAGACCCCAGUGGAAUCAAUCAAUAUUUGAUACUAUGGAAUAGGUCCGAAAAUUACUGGACCAGUGGAACUUGGGAUGAACAGACGAGGAUUUUUAGCUUAGUCCCGGAAAUGAGAUUGAAUUACAUCUAUAACUUCAGUUUUGUUACGAACGAGAACGAGAGUUAUUUUACUUAUUCUCUUUAUAAUCCUGCAAUCAUAUCUCGAUUUAUUAUGGAUUUUUCGGGGCAGAUUAAGCAACUGUCAUGGUUGGAAAGUAGCAAGCAGUGGAAUUUGUUUUGGUCACAACCCAGACAACAAUGCGAGGUUUAUGCUUUUUGUGGGGCUUUUGGCAGCUGCAAUGAGAGAGCUCUGCCUUUCUGUAAUUGUUUGAGAGGUUUCCAGCCAAAGUCACAAGACAAUUGGAAUCUAAGCGAUUAUUCUGGUGGGUGUGAAAGGAAAACCAAGCUGCAAUGUGAAGAUCCCAGUCCUGCUAAUGGAAAGAGUGAUAAAUUUCUAGAAAGCCCAAACAUGGUACUGCCUCAAGGUGCCCAGUCUAUGACCGGUGGGAGCAUUUCGGAAUGUGAAUCAACAUGCCUCAAGAAUUGUUCUUGCACUGCUUAUGCUUAUGAUAGUGAUGGGUGUAAAAUUUGGAUUGGAGAACUCUUGGAUCUGCAGCAACUUGCGGAAGAUGCUAGCAGUGGAAAAACAAUAUACAUCAGGCUAGCGGCAUCUGAGUUUUCGAGUUCCAGCAACAAUAAGGGAAUAAUCAUUGGAGCAGUUGCAGGUUCAGCCGGUUUAGUCCUAGGCCUUGUAAUGUUUGCAAUCUUGAAAUGGAAGAGACGAACGAUGAAAAUUCCGAAAGCAGUUGAAGGUUCACUUGUGGCUUUUGGAUACAGAGACUUACAGAAUGCAACGAAGAAUUUUUCUGAAAAACUGGGGGGAGGAGGCUUUGGUUCUGUUUUUAAAGGAACAUUGCCGGACUCGAGUUUCAUAGCUGUGAAGCAGCUUGAGAGCAUCAGUCAGGGAGAGAAGCAAUUUCGCACAGAGGUUAGCACAAUUGGGACAAUUCAACAUGUUAAUCUGGUGCGGCUUCGUGGGUUCUGCUCUGAAGGUACAAGAAAGUUGUUGGUAUAUGAUUACAUGCCAAAUAGUUCCCUGGAUGCCCAUCUCUUCCAUGACAAGAAUUCUAAAGUUCUAGACUGGAAAACAAGGUAUCAGGUUGCACUUGGUACAGCCAGAGGCUUAGCUUAUCUUCAUGAGAAGUGCAGAGAUUGUAUCAUUCACUGCGACAUCAAGCCAGAAAACAUUCUCUUAGAUGCUGACUUCUGUCCAAAAGUUGCAGAUUUUGGCCUGGCAAAGCUUAUUGGGCGGGAUUUCAGCAGGGUCCUGACAACUAUGAGAGGGACAAGGGGCUAUCUUGCACCAGAGUGGAUUUCAGGAGUCGCCAUUACAGCUAAAGCUGAUGUCUACAGCUACGGGAUGAUGCUUUUUGAGUUUGUGUCCGGAAGGAGAAACUCUGAACAAUCUGAAGAUGGAAAAAUUAGAUUCUUUCCAACUUGGGCUGCUAGCCUAAUAACUCAAGAUGGUGAUGUCCUUAGCCUAUUAGACGCCCGACUGAAAGGAGAAGCCCCUGUAGAAGAGCUCUCAAGAAUAUGUAAAGUGGCUUGUUGGUGUAUCCAAGAUGAUGAAACUCACAGGCCAUCAAUGGGUCAGGUUGUUCAGAUCCUAGAGGGGGUUUUGGAUGUGAACCUGCCUCCAGUUCCAAGAUCUUUACAAGUGUUUGACGACAACCAAGAGCAUAUAAUCUUCUUCACAGAGUCAUCCUCGAGCCAGAGUUCACAGGCACAGAGCAACAUUUCAACUGCCUCUUCUCAGGCUAAGAGCAGCACAUCAACAAUGAGUUCAUAAAUCAUGCAAAUAAUUGUGUGGAAGUGCGUUGAGAUAGUCAGCUUCGUCAUGUAUAUUUUUUUGAGAGUUUGUCUUUUCAUUCUUUUUUUUUCCCUGAUGCCCGAGUCAUUCUUAGUAGAGGUUGCUUUCUUUGUAGAGACCGGGGCAUGGUGCUUGCAUAAGUUGAGAGAAGCCUUGCUUCAUAAAUCAUAAUUAUAGGCAUGGGAUAAUGUAACUGGCUAUGGAUGUUUCUAUGGUCUCAAAGCUUUGUUGAUAUGUAUUUGCUUAUUGUAGAUCAUAUUCACGCAAACAGUUUAAAUCUUUCAUUGCAA